CCGCUCUGAAAACGCAGGAGCAUAAAUCAGGCUUUAGUGCGCAUGCGUGAUAAUUCUCCCCACCGGAAGCUGAUUUAUCCGUUUUGUUUUGGAAGUUGACAGGCACGUGAGCAGCUGACGUUAUCAGGAGAGUGAACGAUCAGGCGACAUGGCGGCGGACUCUCUUCUGAAGGUCAUAUUUGAACAUGAAGGAGUCUUCAUCCACCCAAGCAGCGAUGAAAACCCCUCGGAGGAUUCACUCGUCUCGGGUUUCCUCCGCAUUGUUGACAAGGAUGCUGAAGUCUUUGUUGAGUUCAAACCUGUGGAAGAAACCGUUGACACAUCAAACAUGCUGUGUGCUGGAAAGGACUCCAGCUCCGUCAUGGAGUGGGACCAGUGUCCAGGUGAGAAGCUUUUAGAGAGCCAGCAUAGCUAUGAGACGGAGUGGGACAUGGUGAACGCCGUGUCCUUCAAGAAGAAGAGCUGCACUAACGGAGAAGGCACUCUAAACCACAGCCACGAGAAGAGUCGGGGUGCGUUCAGCUUCGCUCUCAGUGACCUGAGGUCCAUCAUCCUGAAGGAAGAAGGUUGGACCUUUCUGGUGCUGAAGCUGAAGGAGUCCUGCUCGUCCCCGCCUGCUCUGCAUUUCCACCAGGGUGGCAGCAAAGAGUUCCUGGAGUCCCUGAGGAGAUUUGCUCUGCUCAGCGAAGUUCCAGAAGAUGGAUCAUGUCUGCUGGUCAGUUCUCCAAUCAAAGCUCUUUCUCAGUCCUUUGAGAACCUGCUGGAUGACAACAACUUCGGCCUGAUUCAGCAGAAGUUCAGGAAGGACCCGUACGUUGCCACGCUGGGGGGCUUCUCCAAAGUCACCAACUACAUCUUCGAUGCCUUCCGGGGGACGGAGGAGCAGCACCAGCGCCCCCCUGAGGAGGUAGCCGACCUCCUGGGGGAGGUCCUCCCCGGUCUGGAGAUCAACCAGCAGGAGGAGCCUGGCUUCGAGGUCAUCACCAGGAUUGACCUGGGGACGAGGCCUGAAGUGACUCGCACUGGGCCUCUGUCCUCAGAGGACUGGAGCAAACAUCAGGAUGCAGAGGGGAGAAUGAUCAACAUCUCACGGCUCAAACAAACCAUCUUCAAAGGAGGUCUCUCUCAUGCUGUGAGGAAAGAAGCUUGGAAGUUCCUGUUGGGAUAUGUCCCCUGGGACAGCUCGCUGGAGGAGAGGAAAAUCGCUCAGAGAGCCAAAACUGACGAGUACUUCAAGAUGAAGCUGCAGUGGAAGUCAGUGAGUGAGGAGCAGGAGAGGAGGAACUCCAGAUUGCGAGACUACAGGAGUCUGAUAGAAAAAGACGUGAACAGAACAGACCGGAGCAACCACUUCUACGAAGGCAUCGAUAACCCAGGUCUAGUCCUCCUCCACGACAUCCUGAUGACCUACUGCAUGUUUGACUUUGAUCUUGGUUACGUCCAGGGGAUGAGUGACCUGCUGUCUCCGAUCCUCUACGUGAUGGAGAGCGAGGUGGACGCCUUCUGGUGCUUCGUCUCCUUCAUGGACCAAAUGCACCAGAACUUUGAGGAGCAGAUGCAGGGCAUGAAGACUCAGCUGAUUCAGCUCGGCACUCUACUCAGACUGCUGGACUUAUCCUUCUGGAACUACCUCGAGUCUCAGGAUUCUGGUUUCCUGUAUUUCUGUUUCCGCUGGUUGUUGAUCAGGUUCAAGAGAGAGCUCAGCUUCCACGACGUGCUGAGACUCUGGGAGGUGAUGUGGACCGGUCUGCCCUGUGACAACUUCCACCUCCUGGUCUGCUGCGCCAUCCUGGACUCAGAGAAGCAGAAGAUCAUGGAAGAGAACUACGGCUUCAACGAGAUCCUCAAGCACAUCAAUGAGCUGUCCAUGAAGCUAGACAUCGAAGAAGUCCUUCAGAAAGCAGAGGGCAUCUGUCAGCAGAUCAGGAGCUGUAAGGACUUGCCUCCCUCCAUCAGCGUCAUCCUGGGUUUUGGUGCUGCUCCGGGUCAAGGACCGGCUCCAGGACCGGGUCUGGAUCCUGACUCCGAUGUCCGUGACUGCGGAAUUGCUCCGGUCCUCAGGCCGGCCCCGCGACCGGAGGCCUGCUCCAACGGACUGUUGAGAGAAAGCAGCUCUCACAAUGGCUGCCGAGUGGCCUUCAUGUCGUAGUCUACGGAGACCAACCCGUCGCCACGGCGCCGCAGACCCAGAGAACAAGACUUUAAAAAGGAUUUGAGAUUAUUCAGAAUCAUAUUUUUCUAAUUUCUUCUACCAUAUUGUAUAUCCAUCUCUCCACGUGUCCUGAAGCUCCAUUUAGACGGUCUGUCUGUUGCUAUGGUAACGGCGAGUGUGUGACGGUGCUCCUCCACUUCCGUCCACACGCGUCAGAUUACCUCUCACUUCCUGUUCCCGGCUAACAGUGUGAGCUGCACUUCUCUCAUCACAUGAGUGAAGCACAUAUCCAGAACAUCCAUGACCAGAGCUGUGGUGGUUCAGAGUUUCUACUCAGCAGAUGGAGCAAAGCAACGUUCUGUUAUCCUCAGAAUGUCUACCUUCCUGAGGGGAACUGAAGCUCUUCUCUUUGAUCUCUUCAAACACAUCAGACUCUAGUCUUAAAAGCAGAGCCUCGCUUUGCUCCAUCACCUGCAGUAAACCUCUUCACUGGCCCUUUAAGAGAGGGGAGGAGCAGGAGAUCUUCAGGAGGUUUAAAUGGAUCUUCAAAAGCAGCGUGGUGGUUUAUCUCUGCACGGUGAGUCUGACUCUCUUCAACCUCCUUCAGUAUUAAUCAUACGACUCCGAAUGAAAGGAGAAGCUCCUGGAAUCAUGUUUUUAUACGCUGAUGAAGCGGAGUAACUUUCCCCAUUCUACGAGAGGAAACACAGGUUGGAGACACACAUGUACAUUCAUAUGUAAUGAAUAUAAGUGUGUAGUUCAGUCAUGUGGCCUAGAUAGCACUGGAGUGUCUGGAGACUAGAGUGUCUACUAGUUUCAUCCACAUAUCCACAUAUGUUUUUUACUGGUGGAACCAGACCACCAGUAAAAAACACAUCUGGCGGAGAAUCAAACUAAUUCUCAUGAGGUGUUGACUGUGGAUACAGUGGUAACCGCAGUUGUGGUUUAACUCAUCACCUGGAGUCAGUGGACAUCUCAGGACAACAGAGUUCUUUACCUUGAUUUCUUCACAAUUAGAGCCCAGCAUUUUAAUGUGAAGGAAUCUCUGCAUCUACUCUUUAAGAAGACCAGAUGUUUAUCUCCACGUAUAUCAAAGUGUUUCUUCAGAAGCCGCACCAUCACAUCUCUGAUUUACUACCGUUCUCUCCAUCCUUGCAUUAUAUAUCUCAAAUCCAUCUGGUUAUUAAUAAAGUUUUCUUAAAAAUACAAA